UCAGAGAGGGGAUGUGAUUGACAUCAUCAGUAAGCCCCCCAUGGGAACAUGGAUGGGUCUGCUCAACAACAAAGUUGGCACCUUCAAGUUCAUCUAUGUGGACGUGCUGUGUGAGGAAGAAGAGAAGCCUAAAAGGCCCAUCAGAAGGAGGAGGAAGGGCCGACCGCCCAAACCCACAUCAGUAGAGGAGCUGCUGGAGCGAAUAAACCUCAAGGAGCACAUGCCCACUUUUCUGUUCAACGGCUAUGAAGACCUGGACACGUUCAAGCUGCUGGAAGAAGAAGACCUGGACGAGCUGAACAUCAAAGAUCCUCAGCACAGAGCCGUGCUGCUUACGGCUGUGGAGCUGCUGCAGGAGUACGACAGCAGCAGUGAUCCGGAGCGCAGCGGACUGUCGGGUUCCCAGGAGAAGCUGCUGUCAGAGGGUCGAGGCCUUGUGGGGGACUCCCCGAGGGACUCUGGCUGCUAUGAGAGCAAUGAAAAUCUGGAAAAUGGGAAAAACAAAAAAGCAUCCCGGUCCAGUCGCUGUUCAGCGGGAAUGCAGUCUCCAGACUACCCGACCCUACCUAUGACUCUUUCUACAGAAGCUCUGCAACAAAAUGGCAAAAACCAGCGUUCCAAGUUCCCUAAAAGCCUUUUCAUCAAGCCCUCCCUGAAAGGCUUUAACUUGCUGGGACUCCGCAAAGCCCACAGACGGUCCCCCAUCCCAGCUAGCCGCAGUUGUGAGGACCUUGAUGGCCCCCCGCAGACAACUGGGCUCUGGAAGCGUUCUCACUCCCUGGGAGAUCUGCACAGCCUCGAGCAAAAGGUUGAUCUGAGUGUGGCGGUUAAAGCAGCAAAGGACGUAGACAAAUUGGGCAGCAGCAGCCCGGCAAAGGUCUACAGGGAGGAGCGUUCUGUCCGAACAGGAACCCCAACAGUAAGUCCUAAAGGAAGGGCUGACAGACCACCCAUACCCUCUCAGCUUCCUCUACGCUCCCAGUGUCCAGCAUUCCAGCCUCCCAAACUUCCACAGCCUCUCUCUAGUCCUACUCCAAGUCCCCCAGAUUCUAGUGUUAGUGGAGAGAGGAUUAUCCUGACGCAUCCCAAAAAGCCUCCCAUUCCACCUCCUGUUCCCGCCAAAAAAUCCAGAGAAAGACUUGUCAAUGGAGUCCGUCACCCGUCUCUCUCUCUGCCCUCGUCGCCAUCCCCGACCGCCUCGCCUACACACUCCCUCAAUCGUUCCCAACCGAGCAGCCCCUUAAUCCGCAGCAGCAGCCCGAGCCCCGUCCUCCACCCCCCUGCUCUCCCCGCCAAAACCUUCAGCCCACCUCCCAGUCCGUGUGCCACCUCCUCUGCAUCGUCUAUAGGUGAAGAAUCAGGCACCCCACCUGCAGUGCAGCCUCCCUGGCUCUCAGAUCUUGGAGGUAAAAUGUCUGUGACAAGGAAGCUCUCCCACACCAAGAUGAGUCCUGAUCUGCACACCCUCCUGGAGCAACGGCUGCAGGCUGAGGCCAUCGAUUUGACCGAGGAGCCUUACUCUGACAAGCACGGCCGAUGUGGCAUUCCACAGGCACUGAUCCAGCGUUACUCAGAGGACUUGGAGCAGCCGGUCAAAGACGUGGGCUCCACCAUGGACCAGCUCAGAGUCAAAGAGCUACGGAAACAGCACCGCAUGGCUAUCCCCUCUGGCGGUUUGACAGAGAUGUCCCGGAAGCCCGUAGCCUUUGGCAACAUCAGCACAGUCUCUGAUUGGCUCGUCUCCAUCGGCCUGCCCAUGUACGCCCCAUCCCUGCUGGCGGCAGGCUUUGACACCCUGGGUCGUGUGGCCUUGUUAACGGAGAGCAGCCUGAGGGAGGCCGGGGUGCGGGAUGAGAGGCACACCCGCCGCCUUAUCAGCGAGGCCCGAUUGGUCAAUGCACACCGAGGCAUACAGUCCUAAUCUCGAGGCCCACUCGGUGCUCAAAACAUAACGAUGAGGUGGCCACACAACUAAGUGAGCACAGCACUAAAGUACACUCAAAAAAAAGAGUUAACCCCUUUUUAAUGUUUACGGCAUUAAGAGCCAAGAGAAGAUAUCGGAUGCCUUUACAAAAAUAGACUGACUACUUUUGACUGAUUUCUUCCAUUCUAAGGAUACCCCUAAAGUCUUCAAAUAAAGACUUGGAUCUGCCUUUAAGGAUGAGAGCACACUCUUUUUGUAAGAAUAAAAUUGUUGGGGGGUUUUUUUCCUUUUUUUUGCUAAUCUAUAAAAAAAAAGUUUACUUCCUGCAUAUUCCAUAGUUGAACCGUUUUUCAUCUCUUACACUAAGGCAGGUCAAAGUCUGAAUAAAUAUACCACAACAAACAGUGGCUUACUUUGUAUCUUCUUUCUGUAUUAUAGCACAAAGUACAUCUGAGUUCCAAAAGGAUCUAUUAUGUUAAAGUUUGUGUUUGCUUUCGGAUUAUUGCAGCCCUUUUGCAGACCCACUUUCAGUCAUUUUGGGGGGGGGGGGGGAAACACACAAUGUCUUUAUAUUUCAACUGAUAUGAUACAUUUUUUUCACGGCAUACUCUGGUGUGAAUAGUCUUAUGGAAAGCUUUGUUUGCUGCAGUAAUCACAAUCAGCUUUUACUGAAAGUACAUUCCUCGGUGUGGAAAGGGACACUUGAAAUUGCCUUACCAAUAUGAAUGAAUAGCUACAAGAAGCUGUGCAAAAACAUGCAGGUCUUUUUUCUUCAUCUGAUUGUGUCUCACGAGUAAACUGUCGUUUCGAAUACAUGAACAUGUGCACAGUUAUUUUGGUGGUGGAUACGGACCAAAGAACAAGACAACAAGUCGCCCUGUGUUGAAUCUCCGUGGACCAUGAUGGAAUACUUUGAAAGUACACGUUGCGACAGAAAAGCAAAGAUUCAGCCGUCACGUCUGGAUUCCUUACUGGUCCAUCUACACGUCGGUGAGCACAUUCAGGAGUCAAAGCUCUUGAGCAUUUGCAGACUUUAAAUGGGAUGGAAAGAUGGAAAUAAACUGUCUAAACAAACUGUCGGAAAAUUCAGGGACCUUCUGAGGAGAGUCAGACUGUUAGAACGUUAUUGGGGAGAAAAUAUCUAAGAAUAUCGUUUGGUUGUGCACUCUGCAUGAGACUGAGCAAACAAAUAUUCCCUGAGUGCAUUUCUCCUCUGUUUAAAGUCAUAUCUUUCAUUUGUAGUGGACUAAAGACUUAUUCCAUCCAUUUAUUUAGUUUUUUUUUUUUUUUAAACUCUGACCAGCUUCUGUUGGUGAGUUUCGGAGCAUGUUUCUGCAUUUGGCACUUGAUGUGGUUAUUUGAUGCCUUCUUCUCUCUCAUCAAUCAAAGUGGUGCUCUGGGAAACUGAGGAUGGGAGUCACAGCUUAAACAAGUAAAAGACCCAGGAAGUGUUCUGCAAAAGAAAGAAAAUACUGACACUGUAAAUGCACUUUAGAUGGUUAAACUAGCGGUUUUAUAGGCAGAAUUGGCUACAUAUUUUUACAGGUCCAUAAAUGGACACCUAUGUCAGGUAUUGUAAAGGGUUUCAGUCAGUUAUGCUGGUAAUUUUUUUUGUAUUAAGGUCCCAAUGCCAAUUUACCAAUCACAUGUUAACCUCCAGUUACUCAUUUGCAGCUUUUCAGUCUUAUAAAAACAAAAUUCAUAGUUACAUAUAUGAAAUGCUUUGCCGAAGUUGCACAUUCUCUAUGUGUAAUUGAUGUUGUAUUAAUAACUUAUUUUUGCUUUUUUUUUAUUCAUAUCAACUGUAAUUAGCUGUACCAUAUGAAUAGCAAUACCUUCCUGCACAUCACUCUUGUCGGUAAGGAACUACAGUAUGUAUUGUAAAAUACGUGUACAAAUGAUUUUAUUUGGUUUUCAUCUACCUAAUGAUUGUCCAUACAGAUUUUGCUUGUGUAUUGAAACAAAAAGUAAUGUCCAUAACUAUUUGUCAUUCUGAAAUAUAAAUAAAAUUGUUUCUUGCUAUACCUGGA